GCACAAACACAAAUCGUUUAUUUUCGUUUACACGCACACACAAUUGUUGUAGGAUACACGUUGAGUUUUCUGGAGAUUUUAACGUGUCCCUCCCGUCUCCCCCUCAGCUACCAACUCGCCCGUCAUCUUCGUCUCCCUCAUCACGCGAAAUCCAAAUCCAAACGAAAGAAAAUCCCCAAAUCCUAAGUCUUCUCCGAACCUGAUCCUCCCGCGCCGCCCGAUUCGAUCCGGCGCCGGGCCGCCGAUCCCCUGCGGCGGCAUGGAGGGGGCCGAUCGCCUGUACCCCUCGGUCGAGCCGUACGACCUCGAGCCCCCGCAGCUCGACGACGCCGCCGCCGCCGCCGUCGGCACUGGCGAGGCUAGGGUUUGCGACCCGCCGGUGAGGUGGGACGAGGAGCCCAAGGAGGGAACCCAUGUAUGCGAGCAAGGGGCGAAAGAUAAUCCUGACAGAGAUGACAUGGAAGACCACCUUAGUGUUGUCAAUAUUUAUGAGAGCGAUGACGAAAUGGCCACCUUCAAGGGAUCAGGAGAAAACAUCCAUUCUGAUUGCCCACUUCGUCAACAAACUGGCAUCUGGGUACCUCCUUCUGUUCCACCGAUGACAAAACAUGAUCAUGAGGAGUGGCAAAAGGGCUUUGUCUCAAAUGCUGGGUACUUCAUAGAAGACGAAUACAAGUGGGAUGUGGAUGAAGACAUCAGGGAGAUGACAAUGUGGGAUGUGUUUGCUGAGAUGGCUGUUGCAGGAAAAGAUAAAUUAUUAUCUGUUGCAUCAUAUGAUUUUGGGAGGCAUAGCAUGUCUCUAGUUUCACACUUCCUUCUUCAAGCGGCUUUGGAGGAUAACUCUCAAACACUUGCAGAGGCCAGUGUUGGUUCUGAACAUGCCCUGCUUGAGACAGAACCGACAAAGUGGUUGCCUGAUAGUGCUGCUCCUUCUUGCAUGCUUUGUGGAGUGCGCUUCCAUCCAGUAAUUUGCUCUCGCCAUCAUUGUCGUUUUUGUGGUGGGAUAUUCUGUGGCGGCUGUUCAAAGGGUAGAAGCUUGAUGCCUCCAAAAUUCGGAACUUCAGAUCCUCAAAGGGUCUGUGAUGUUUGUGGAGUACGUCUUGAGUGUAUUCAGCCUUACUUGAUGAACCAGAUAAGUCGUGCUUGUCAACUUCCGACUAAAGAUUUGACAGACCUGAGCACCUUGAGGUCAUGGUUAAACCUCCCAUGGGCACCAACGAUGGAGUAUGAGAUAUACAAGGCUGCAAAUUCCAUACAUGGGUAUUGUAAGGUUGGAAAGCUGAAUCCAGAGAAGUCCAUUCCUGAUUCAAUUCUUAGACAAGCAAAGGGACUUGCUAUAAUUACUGUGGUAAAGGUUGGAAUGAUGGUCACGUACAAAAUUGGUACUGGGCUGGUUAUUGCUCGCAGAGCUGAUGGUUCUUGGUCUCCUCCUUCGGCCAUAUCUACUUGUGGUGUUGGAUAUGGAGCUCAGGCUGGCGCUGAGUUAGCUGACUUCAUCAUUGUUCUGAGGAACACUGAUGCAAUUAAAACAUUCAGUGGAAAUGCACAUCUGUCACUUGGGGCUGGUUUCGGUGCUGCUGCUGGUCAUCUUGGACGGGUGGCAGAGGCUGAUUUCCGUGCCGGUGAUGGUGGUUAUGCUGCCUGUUACACAUACAGUUGUAGCAAAGGCGCCUUUGUGGGAUGCGCACUCAAUGGAAGUGUAGUAUCAACCCGAAACAACGAAAAUGCCCGAUUCUAUGGCGGUCCAGUCAAGGCAUCAGAAAUCCUUCUUGGUUCACUGCCCAAGCCACCUGCGGCCGCCACUCUCUAUAAAGCUCUAUCCACACUAUUUGAUAAGAUCGGAAAGUAAUCUUCGUCUUUUCAUGUGGUGACACACAUUGUGUCCCUGUUGGUCGUCACCUUUCGAGCUUCAGUGUCUCUCUAGGUAAUUUGCUUGUUUGCUAAUUCCUGGGUGUCAGUCAAGCAACUGUACAGUUUGCCAUUCGUUGGUACGUCAAACAGGUCAUCUAUCCAGUGCCAGAAACUACUCUGUAAAUGUUGUACAUAUGAUCACAAUUGCGCGAGAAAUGAAAAGGGAAAGAAAAUUCUUCAUCA